AUGUCUCAAGCACCAACUGAAGCCGGGAUGCGCGCCUCCGCACAUGUUGCGCCCAAUGACUAUUACCACAGCAUGUUGUUCGACUGCUUCGAGGUAAUACGAUCGGCGAGCCCAGACCAUCAGGAGGAACUGCUUCAAAUGAUUCGACAGCGUACCCCGCUGCACCGGAUACGUGGUUAUUUAGACCGAAUUCUGCCGAGUACACACCACAGGGAAGCCCCGAGCAGCAACAAGAAGAUCAAACACGAAAUGGACACCGAGGAUGAUGCAGCACAGCAUCGGCCUCAGAUAAUGGACAUUCACUACUUGUGUGGCAACGCUCCUUUCAAAGUCCCAGCGAAACCAUGGACCAAAGUCACUGACGACGAUGAUCUGGUUUCACAUUUGGUCUCCCUAUACAUGACUUGGGACUAUCCUUUCUUUGCCUUCUUCGAUCGUGAGAUCUUUCUUGAGCAUAUGUCAAAGGGUAUCUUGAACUCGGACUUUUGCAGUCCAUUUCUUGUCAAUGCCCUGCUUGCGAACGCAUGCGAUUAUUCUCAAUAUUCAGAGACCUACGCUAUACCGGGAGACGUUAGAACGAAAGGCGCUGCCUUCUUGGCAGAGGCAGAGAGCUAUAUGAGUGCAUACUCAUUUGAAAGGGGAAGCGGCACCCGUCUUGCGAGCUUGCAAGCAACUCUGCUGUUAUAUGAAAGAUAUUCCGUAUUGGGCAAUGAAAACUUUGGCUAUGCUAUGCUCAACCGGGCUAUAGAGAUGGCAGAAGAGCUUGGAAUUGUCAACCGCCCCAAACGGACCCUGAACAGCUCACAGAUGUCUGAGGACAUGUUAGUAUCAGUCAAACGAACAGCUUGGGGGCUUUUCCAAAUCGACACAAUCGUCCACACAAACUUCCUUAAACCCACCCGUGUGCAUGCAGUGAGCGUGGAUCGUAUCCAGACAGGUGACCCUAGGGAUGAGUGGACCCCUUAUCCAAUCUCCAGUUACGCCAAGCCAUCUUGGAUGGCACUUUAUUUUGAUGAAGCCUGCAAUCUAGCCUACAUCGCUCGCGACAUCUCAAAGAGUCUAUCGACUGCACAGCAAGAAGGAAUCGACACGCAGAAGGCCAAGCAAGACAUGUAUGAUCGGCUCCGUCAGUGGGAAAUGAAUCUCCCUAUAAGCUUCAGACUAUGCGAACGGCCUGCGCCCCAUAUUUUACUACUCAUGAUGCGGUACCAUGCACUUGUCAUCAACCUCUGCUGCGACAACUUCGGUUACUAUUCGUCAUUCUCGGGGUCCGGACGAACCUCACCCAUUGAGUUGGACGCGGACGAAGGAUAUACUUCGACCGAACUGGCCGUCGCAUCCGGGCGGAAGAUCGCUGCCAUCGCUCAAUAUUUGCGAACGGAGUAUGGCAUAAGCUAUAUGCACCAAUUCGCCAUGUAUGCGAUAAACGUCGCCCUGUAUAUCCUGCUCGAGCAGCCAACCUUUGAUAUCCUCGACCCAGACUUCUUUCACUUGGCAAGCGCCUUUUCCGUUAUUGCGAACAGAUCGCCAGUGGGGAGAAAUAUCUAUCAUUUCUUCAAGCUGUCUAUGCGGUCUCGAUACCGGGGCAAAACCCCACCCGUUGAGCUUCCCCCAGAGAUCAGGGAGCUGUUGAUCGAAGGCGUAGGGUCUCCACUAGACCAGUGGCAUCAAGCUACUGCUUCGGAAGAAGAUUCGCGUUACAUGAAGCACUUGGAUGAUAACCCUCAGGCCAUUCCACCUCCUGGGUUGAAGGAAAUGAUUGGGGAGUAUGAGAAGCUCAGUGUGGGCACGGAAGAACGAGCACGUGGCGGGAAGGAAGAUGACUUUGGUUCUUUUCUGGGCCAUAAGAACGAAUAG